AAAUGAGCACGUUAGAUAUUAAUAAAGUGGAGAAUGGGGAAGACAAUAAAACGCCGGAUAAAAAACAAAUCGAGGCAGAGGAGAAGGAAAUGAUGCUGAAAGCCCCCGACAAUGAAACCAUCGAAGCCGCCACUGAAAUCAAAACUGAAAAUGAGGGUCCAGUGAAGGCGGCACUUUCGGGAGACGUCACGGAACAGGGUCGGGAGGUAAAACCGAAGUUCAUACCUAUUGGCGCCAUCAAAAUGCCGGGCUUUUUCACAAGGAACAGUGAUAAGUGCAAGCAAGAAGAAGAUGCAAAUGAAAAAGAUGGUGAGGAGAAAACAGAUGAGAGCAAACCCCGACGACAUCGUUUGCGAUUCCUGCACACCUGCCCCUUCACGCAGUUUAUGCACCAUCCGCCAAAUGAAAAUGAAGAAGGCAAUCCUGAGCCUAAAAGGCGUUUGAAUAUAAAGCUACCCAAUGUAAAGUACCCGAAGAUUUUCCAAAGACAAUCAGCCAAAGAUCAAGAAGCCACACUUGCUUCCAUGGAAACCUUAGAAGACAAACUUGAUACACCAACUGAUGGUAUGGAAAAUGUUAAAUUGGAUGGAGGGGAUGCAGAAGAAGGCAAAGUGGCAACUAAGUUACCUCUGAAAGAAAGGAUUCGCCAAAAGAAGUUUAUUAUAGAUGACAUAGUGGUCUGCGGUUUAGUGCUGUUAGUGCUACUGGUGGUCAUAAUUGGUAUCGUAAUUGGCGCGCGUGCCGGUCCGCCUGCUGAACGCCCGCUGCGGCUUGGCCGCUACAUGACCACAAUCACCACUUGUGGACCUGUUGAAGGAGUGCUGAAUGACGGUGUCUACAACUUCUACAGCAUCCCCUAUGCGGCACCACCAGUAGGCGAAAAGAGGUUUACUUAUGCUCAACCCUUGAAUAACAUAUCAAUGUGUUGGAAUGGAACCCUUGAAGUAAGUCAAAGGGGUCCACUCUGCUUACAGUUCCUGGAAAAUAAUACUAUUAUAGGAGAAGAAGAUUGUCUCACUCUGGAUGUUGUGACUCCUCACGUGAGAUAUGACUCGCCAUUACCGGUUGUAGUGUUGAUAGGUGCAAACUCAUUAUCUGGCGGCAUCAGCCCAGCGCAGCCUUCCGCACUUUACGCCCGGACCAAAGAAGUAGUUUUCGUACGACCAAACUUUAGACUUGGAUCAUUCGGAUUUUUAGCUCUCGAUAUUUUAUCUAACACCAAAUACCCACCUACCUCUGGAAACUACGGUCUUAGUGAUCUGAUAGUUGCUCUACAGUGGGUAAAACAUAACAUUAAGCACUUUGGUGGAGAUUCACAAUCUAUUACAUUACUUGGACACAGGGCUGGCGCUACUUUAACAGCUGCUUUAACUACAGUCAAGAGCGCACAAAAGCUAUUUUCCAGGGUAUGGCUUUCUUCUUCAUCUGUAAUAUAUCCCACUAAACCUCUUGAUCAAGCUCAAAAGGACAAUGAACCCUUCAAACAAUUAAGCAAAUGCUCUAAUGUAGAUUGUCUGCGACGUAUUUCUGCGACCGAAAUUCUAUCUACUACACCUGAUUUCUGGAUGACGCGUUAUUUCGACAGUCUGCCCCUUAAAGACAGUAGUCAAUCCAGCACUCUUCGGUCUUGGUUAGUUUUAGAUGGAGAUCUAUUAAGAGUAUUUGCUAAUGAUAGCUGGGCUGAGCAAAAGAAAGCUAAAGAAACUGGUAAAGAGAAAGCAUUUAAGCCCAUGGUUUUGGGAACAACCCAGCAUUCAGGUCAUACCGAGCUCCUGAAAAAGAAAUAUUUGAACUGGACUUCGGAAAUCGUGGAGAGAGUAAUUAACGACAGUGUUGUUGGAGAAAGAUUAGGAGCUUCCGUGUUUACUCAUUUCAACAAAACUUAUGAAGGGUUAGUGGAGCUUAUUGGGGCUAUUCGUACGUUGUGCCCUUUGGUAAAUCUUACGCAGACGGUUUUGGGCGCUCCGUUGUACGUGGUUCUCGGCUCAGGCGCAGGUGGAGGAUUGAAUGGCUCAGGGAUUGCAGAUAUAAAUGCCGACGUUGAAGCUAUUCUAGGAACUUUUGAUUCCGAAAUGCCGGAACAACGAAGAUUCAUGGCAGCUAUGCAGCAACUGUUCUACUAUUAUGUAUGGCAUGGCCACUUGCCGGGGCCUGAGACUCGUUUGAUCGCUAUAGGUCAAGACUUGCUACCACUCCAGGAAUUGCCGGCCUGUCGAUUGCUCAUUGAGAAGGGCCUAGUGCCAAAUUACGCAAAUAUCGACUAAGCAUUAUUCUUUUUUUAUUUGUAUUGCCAUGUUUUUAUAUAAUACCAGUGUCAUUUAUGCCACUUUAUAAAUUAUGAAGUGUUGAAUGUAAUCUACGUAAUUUUAUAUUUGUAAUUGUAUUUGUAAUUAUUUUUAUGCACAUUUUUAAACGAUUUACAUUGACAUUUUUUAAAGUUUUAAGAGUGCAAGUCCAAAGACGAAUAAUGCAUUGUAAUUUUUUUAGAAGUAUUAACUUAUGUUGUAGAUCUAUCUACAUAAAUUACAAAAUGUCGUGAAUUUUUUUCCCCUUUUUUGUAUUCGAUCUUGUGAUAAUUGAAUUGACUGAUUUUUAUACUUUUUAACAGUCCAACAUGAAAGAACAUACUUUUAAGACUGAUUGUGAAUCUUAUCUCAAAUGAAUUUCGAGUGAUCUCAUGCAGACAGUCUACCAUUUUUAGAAAAAUGAGUUUGUUUUGUAAAUUUUAAAUUGUGUUACCUUUACCUUAAGGACUUAUAUUUAGAACUUCGAUGUCAUAUGAAUAAGGUAGAAUUAAAAGGCACUAAAACUCAAAAUAUAGCGAAACUGAGAAUGUAGUGUUAUAUUGAGUGUUAGAUGGAAGUCAAGAACUCCAAGUUAGCAAAGCACCCAUGACAUGAAGUGUAUAGUUAUUAAGAAUAAGUGUCAUAUCUCAAAGUAUUUGUGAUUUAGUUUCAAGUCUGAUAAUUCCAAAGAGUGUUUAGUAUAAUUUAUAUUACAGCAACUGUUUGGCUGCUUUAGGUUAAUUACUAAGUAUGUGUAUUGUAAGCUGUAAUGUACAGCUUUUCGUAUUUCGAGAUGUACUUCUUUGUCUUGCCAAAAAUGCUUCAUGUGUAUGUUAUUAAGUUAUUGUGCACUAGUGAAGUUGCUUUGUAUUUUAU